AUGCAGCAGCCGGCGAAGGCGCGUGGCCUGGUGGCCGACCUGUGGCCGCUGCUGCGGCUGAUGCAGGCGUCGGGCCACUUCAUCUUCGAGUACCGCGACGGCGCCGCGCUCGCCCCGCGCCUGCUCUACUCGUGCGUGCAGGCCUUCGUGGUGGUGGUGGGCUUCGCGACCAUCGUCAUCAACAUGGCGUUCGAGGCGGGGGACGUGAACGACCUGUCUGCCAACACCAUCACCACGCUCUUCUUCGUGCACUCCAUCACCAAGUUGGCGUACUUCGCGCUGCGCUCGGGCAAGUUCUACCGCACGCUGGCCACGUGGAACCAGACCAACAGCCACCCGCUCUUCUCCGAGUCGCAGGCCAGGUGCGAAGCAACGACCAGCCCGCGCGCGUUUCGCCCAGGGUCAUCGACAAACACUAUAAUCUACACUAAUAUAUGAAGACCGUAUGCGUUGGCUUACAGCGCGAUAAUUUCUGAAUCUUAUGAUCCAAUAGC